UGCAAGGCUUAGGGCGGAGGAAGUGGGUCGGUUGGUCGGUCCGGAACGAGCCUCCCGCGGCGAGACUCGCGCAGAUCCGUUACCAUGGCAGCCGCUGCCGGGGGCGCGGACGACGAGCCGCACUCUGGCCGCUCGAGCUCCGAUGGCGAAUGCGCGGUAGCGCCGGAGCCGCUGACCGGCCCCGAGGGCCUCUUCUGCUUCGGCGAUCUCGGGGCGGCGCUGGGCAGCUGCGCAAGCUUCCCGGGUCGGGCGUCCGGCAGGGCCCAGUCCCCGCUGCGCUACCUCCACGUUCUGUGGCAGCAGGACGCGGAGCCCCGCGAUGAGCUGCGCUGUAAGAUGCCGGCCGGCCGGCUGAGGCGCGCCGCUAGGCCCCACCGCCGGCUCGGGCCCACCGGCAGGGAGGUGCACGCUCUGAAGAGGCUACGGGACUCAGCCAACGCCAAUGACGUGGAAACAGUGCAGCAGCUGCUGGAAGAUGGCGUGGAUCCCUGUGCAGCUGAUGACAAGGGCCGCACGGCACUGCACUUUGCCUCCUGCAAUGGCAAUGACCAGAUUGUGCAGCUGCUUCUAGACCAUGGGGCUGAUCCCAACCAGCGAGAUGGGCUGGGGAACACACCACUGCACCUGGCGGCCUGCACCAACCAUGUCCCUGUCAUUACCACACUGCUACGAGGAGGGGCCCGUGUGGAUGCCCUGGACCGAGCGGGUCGCACGCCCCUGCACCUAGCCAAGUCAAAGCUGAACAUCCUGCAGGAGGGCCACUCCCAGUGCCUGGAGGCUGUGCGGCUGGAGGUAAAGCAGAUCAUCCAGAUGCUGAGGGAGUAUCUGGAGCACUUGGGGCGGCAUGAGCAGCGGGAACGGCUGGACGACCUCUGCACCCGCCUCCAGAUGACAAGCACCAAAGAGCAGGUGGAUGAGGUGACUGACCUCCUGGCCAGCUUCACCUCCCUCAGCUUGCAAAUGCAGAACAUGGACAAGAGGUAGCAAGAGAGGCUUCUGUCGCUGGCUGCUCUCUCAUUGCAAAGAAAAAGCCCUGUGUCUGGGACUUUGGAGCCACACUGGUCUGGGGAGGCCUUGCCCUUGUCCCCAGAGGCUGUGGGGCGGAGAGGCCCUCUCCAUGACCUCAGAGCCACUUCCAGCUGCAGUCUCCAUCGUCUCAGUGGCCCAGGACUGCAACCCCAGCUUCUUCCUCCAACUCCUGCAGCACUGGGCCAGCCUCUAUGGCACACGUCAGCUCUGGCCCACAUAUACCAUCCUGGCAGGCCUCGCUCGUUCUGGAGCCAGCAGGUGCCCUCACCAGGCCCCGUUCUCUCCGCUGUUUCCCUUCCUGGCCAUGGGCUUGCUGCAUCCGCAGGGUGUGGGCUAGAGCACAGGCCCUGCAGGAGGUCCUCAGCUGGCCCUGCACCUGUCACCAGCACUUAGAUUGGGAUUCUUACCUGACUCAAGGAGACAUUGCAGUGAGUUUUUCUGGUUGGAUGGGGAGGGUUGGUGAGGCCCAGACCUUAAAAAUACAAGUUUGGGAAAGGCCCUGCUGAACCCAAAGCAGAAAAUCCCCAACCAUUUUACUCCCAGUCAUUGAAACCCUAGGGCAGGCUGUGGGAGUUUUGCAGCCUGGUUGUGGGUAGUUAAAAAAUGGCCCCCCAAGGUGUCCACACCCCAAUCCCGGGAACUGUGAAUGUUACCUUUUUGUAGAAAAAGGGAUUUUGCCUUUGUGAUUAAGUUAAAUCUAAAAUAGGGAGAUUACCCUGGCUUAUCCAAGCGGGCCCAGUGUCCUCCCAGAGGUCCUUUCAAGAGGGAGGCAGAGGAGCCGAGAGGAAGUAGCAGAUACAACCAAGGAAGUGAGAGGUUAGACUGAUGCGAGGAAGGGUCAUGAGCCAAGGAAGGCACGUGGCCUCCGGAAGCUGGAAAAGGCAGGGAACGGUUUCUUCCUCCUAGCCUCCCAAAGGAACCUGCUCUGCCAACACCCUGCCUGGAGCCCAGUGAAACUGAUUUCAGACUUCUGACCUCCAGAGCUAUAAGAGAAUAAAAUUCUGUUGUUUUUAAGCCA